AGAGGCCGCUGCAGGCCCCUGUUCGGGCUGUAGUAAGCGGCUGCGGGGACCCGCGGGCCUGGGGAGCCGGCGGUGCUGAGAGGUCCCUGUGGGGAACUCUGGGAUUUCUGGGCCUCCAACCAUGCAGCAUCUGGCCCUGCCCCUGCUGGACUGCCCCAGGCCUGACCAAGAGCCCCUGCGGGUCCUUUCUGAACCUCACUGGGGACAUCUGACCUCGCAUCCCUGACACUGGGCAUCGCCGGCAGCCCUGGAAGAACCGUCUUCCAGGUUGGCUUGGCUGCCAUUGUCAGUGAGGGCUGGCCCCUGGACUAUGCCGUCCAAGUCAGCCUGCUUGGGGUGCUCAGAAGUGACUCCCAAGCAGCCCACUGCCCACGGCCAACUGCAUCCUGAAGGCAGAAUGCUCAAGGGGCAAGUUCUAAACACAGACAAAGACCUGGCUCCCUGCCCAGGGUCCCCUCCUACAGACAGCUGUCCCAGCCCUCAGAAGAGCCCAGUGGUCCCUCUGGACAUUCCAGCAAAAAUCAGCAAUGAAGACCCACAGGCUAAGGCAAAACCCUUCACCCCGAAGCCACCAACGAGGCCCAGGCUAGAGCGGGCACUGUCCCUGGAUGAGAAGGGCUGGAGGAGGAGGCGUUUCCGAAACAGUCAGGAGGACCUGGCCCCUCGGAAUGGGGCCAGCCCAUCCAGGGGUUCCUUGCAGGACGAGGUUCCCGGGCCUUCCACCCACACUUGCUUCCCGCCUUGCCUGAGCACCUCCUUGCAGGAAAUCCCCACGUCCCGCAGGGCUCCGGGCAACGGCGGCAGGAGCCCCUCCUCAUGGGGUAACUGUGUCUCUGGAAUGAUUGGCACCUCCCUGGACCUCCUGCACCGUGACAGGGCCUUGGGUGGGAGCACCCCCAGGCUGGCCUGUGGGCUUCCCUCACGCCCACUGCCUGCCAUGGAAUGGAGCAUCGCCUCUGACUCCCUGCGGACAGCGCACAAGGUGGACGCGGAUCACACGGACUACAAGCUCCGCUUGCAGGCCAGGCUGUCCCGGGCCCACAGCAGCCUGGGCCCCGGCCGGCCCCCAAGCCCCCUGGCCUGCGACGACUGUUCCCUGCGCUCGGCGAAAUCCUCCUUCAGCCUCCUGGCACCCAUUCGUGCCAAAGAUGUCCGGAGCAGGAGCUACCUGGAGGGCAGUCUCCUGGCCAGCGGGGCCCUGAUGGGGGCAGAGGAGUUGGCCCGGUACUUCCCGGACCGGAACGUGGCCCUCUUCGUGGCCACCUGGAACAUGCAGGGCCAGAAGGAACUGCCUGCAAACCUGGACGAGCUCCUGCUGCCCGCCGAGGCUGACUACGUCCAGGACCUGUACGUUGUUGGCGUCCAGGAGGGUUGUUCCGACAGGCGGGAGUGGGAGACGCGCCUACAGGAGACUCUGGGCCCGCACUAUGUCAUGCUGCACUCGGUGGCCCACGGGGCACUCUACAUGUCCGUCCUCAUACGCAGGGACCUCAUUUGGUUCUGCUCAGAGGUGGAGACCUCCACGGUGACCACGCGCAUCGUGUCCCAAAUCAAGACCAAGGGGGCCCUGGGCGUCGGCUUCACUUUCUUCGGCACCUCCUUCCUCUUCAUCACGUCCCAUUUCACCUCUGGCGACGGGAAGGUCAGUGAGAGGCUGCUGGACUACAGCAAGACCAUCCAAGGCCUGGCCCUGCCCAAGAACGUCCCAGACACCUGCCCCUAUCGUUCUGACUCAGCGGAUGUCACCACCCGCUUUGACGGGGUGUUCUGGUUUGGAGACUUCAACUUCCGCCUGAGCAGCGGGCGCGUGUCUGUGGAGGCCAUCCUCAAGCAGGACCUGGGCGCAAGCGUGCCUGCCCUGCUGCAGCUUGACCAGCUCGCCCGUGAGAUGAAGAAAGGGUCCAUCUUCAAGGGCUUCCAGGAGCCAGACAUCCACUUCCUGCCGUCGUACAAGUUUGACAUUGGGAAGGACUCAUAUGAUACCUCGUCCAAGCAGAGGACCCCGUCCUACACGGACCGGGUCAUGUACCGAAGCCGCCACAAGGACGACAUCUGUCCACUCAAAUACUCCUCCUGUCCUGGGAUCAAGACCUCUGACCACCGCCCCGUGUAUGGCCUAUUCCGGGUGAAAGUGAGGCCGGGGAGAGACAACAUUCCGCUAGCUGCUGGCAAGUUUGACCGGGAACUGUACUUAAUAGGGAUUAAAAGACGGAUUUCCAAAGAAAUUCAGAGACAGCAGGCCCUGAAGACACAGCACUCCAGUGCCAUCUGCACCGUUUCCUGAAGAAGUUUGCCUGAGGGCUGUCACUUGCUGCCUGAAUCCCAGGAAAGAAUGGAAGAGGUUGCUGUUUGGAAGUUGCUCAGCCUCUGGGGACAGUGAUGACCCACUGCUAGAGGCCGUGCUACCUUGGCAAGAACCCGACAGGACUGUGAACCGCAUUGCAAGCGGGCCCUCAUCCCUGGACCAGAACCAGCUGCUUACUUACAAAUUUUCCCCACAGACACCCCAGCUUCCUUCUCAGGGCAGGCGGAGCUUGGGCCCAAAGCUGCCACACCACACCUCUCAAGCUGGCAACAGAGCCCGCACUCGGGCCAACCUGCGCUGCCUCCACGUUUGCACAUCGCAGCCACUCUAGCCCUUCCUCAUCUGAACACAGCUGGCCUGGUACCAGGGAGGCUGCUUGGUGUGGUGACCUGGGGCCCUGGAAUCCAUGGCACAUUUUGGGACCAAGCUGAGGCAGAGUUGGUCACCAGGUUGAAGCCAGACAACAUCCAGAGAGGGGGACCCCAGUCACUGCUACUGGGGUUGGGACAGAGGGUGUGGCCGAUGUUUCAGGGCUGGUUGAGCCCUUCAGCCAUGAUGCCACAUCCCUGUCCUCUUAGCUUUGCUGACUUCAGGCCAUUUGCUCACAUAACAUCACCACGAAUGGCAUAAAUAUAAGCAGUGCACUUGCCAGCCAGAGCAACUGCUGGAAGCUUA